AUGAACAGAUUUGCUUUGUUGCCAAGGGAUAUUUUGUCCAGAAGAAUGUAUUCGGUGAAUUUGAAACAAGCUAAAGGGAAAGUGUUGGCUGCGAAUUCUCAGGCUAAAGAUGUGUUCUUCAAGGACACUGACGUCUACGAUCCUAAGAAUCCCUUCAUUGGAAAAGAAGAAGUGGCAGACAUGCACAGAAUCAACCCCGAUUAUGUCCAGUAUUUGAAAGAACAAGAAGUGCACGAAGACGACUGGUUCUACAGAAAUUUCUUCAGAGUUAUUUGCCCUGCGAUUGUGUUCUUUAUGUGGAUCUGGUACAAGAUUUAUACGAAUCCGGCUUACCGAGUUCCGGGGGCAAAAAAGAUUGAUGACUGGUCAAUUAUGGUCGACUUUCAUAAUAUGUUUUCGUCCAAAGAAAAUCAGAGGGAAUAUGUUCACGAGUUCAGAAGAAAAGGUGUAGCAGAACUGGCAGCUCUGGAAAGAAUGGAACGAAAGGGAAAAGGACGAACCGUCACUAUGUUCGAAAACAGCAACGACAAAAUGACCCUCGAAGAGUACAGAAAACUUGAAGCUGAGCGAGAAGAGCUCGAGCGCGAGCAAGCCGCUAGAAUUGCCGAAGAAAACAAGAAAUUAAUCGAGUACAGACAAGAACAAGCGCUGGAUUAUCAACGAAAACGUGAAGAAAAGCGGGCCAGAAUCAUGGCCGCUGUGGAAGCAGAAAGAGCCCAGAAAAAAGAUAACGAAGACUAA